CUGCCUGAAUCACCGUCCCAACUUCAAGUCAUCUACGUUGAUUCAACGUCAUGCACGUUGAUAUGGUCGUCUGCACCUCCGCCGUCGUCUCGUAUCUCGUAUAUUGUUCAGUACCGCGAAAUCGGCAACCCGACGUGGUUUAUGGCCAACGACGAACCGCUCUACACCGCACAGUACACCGUUGAAGGCCUGCGUGCAAAUUCAACCUAUGAAUUUCGAGUGUUUGCCCAGAACGCUUACGGCAUCAGCCAGUCGUACGUGCUGUCGGAAAUCGUGCAACUGCGGCCGACUGGCAAGGGAUCGGCGGCGGCUGGCGUGCCACCUCGACCGAACCGCCCAGAUGUCACCGACAGUCUAAACAAUAGCGUUACGCUCAGAUGGGAUCCGGUCAUGUCGUCGGUGUCCGUUCAGGGAUUUCAGGUGGAGUACUGUGUGCCAAACGAUUCGCCGCAGCGAUGGACGCGGGUCAAUUCGAUACUGACCAAAAACAAUAGCAUGACAAUCGGAGAUCUGAUACCCGGUCAGGAGUACCAGUUCAGGGUGACGGCGAAAAAUUCUAUCGGCUAUUCGCGGCCAUCGGAGCCGAGUCUUCCGAUCAGCGUUCUUGAGCCAGGUGUCAGAGACACGUCUACGCUACCAGUGGAAAUCAGUGAAACCAGGGAAUCUCCGCCGAUUACCGACACGGAUGAUUCUCCUCCUCCAUUGCGUCGUUUCUCACCGAACGCUAACGAAGUACAGUACCGUGAUCCGACUCUGCCAGAAGUAAUCGACUACCUCGGCAACGCGAACAACAUUAUAAAGUUGAACGCGAGUGGCUACCUGCAGCAUUUGACAUUUAAUGACGACUCGAUCAAACAGAAAGUUCGGGCUUUAGGCGGCAUCGAGAAACUGGUAGCGCUGCUGAACAGCGAGGUGCCCGAGAUUCAGCGCAACGCCUGCGGCUGUCUUCGUAACCUGUCGUUCGGACAUCCCGAGAAUAAGUUAUGCGUUUUGGACUGCAACGGGGUCGAAGCGCUAGGCAGUCUGCUGAAACGAACGCCUGACGUCCAGGUGGUUGAAGAAGAAUUAAAGCCGCAGGUUUACUUGCAUGCCGUCGAUCACCUGAUCAAGCAGAUAGUCAUACCGUACUCAGGCUGGUCAGCGUCUGCCGCCCCUUUCGGUUCCGGAUCGAUUUCAUCCGUUUCACACAGAACGUUGACCAAUCCACCGUUGGUAUUCCGUAAUGCCGUUGGUAUCCUGCGUAACGUGUCGUCGGCUGAUGACAUGAUUCGCAGAGCGCUACAUGAAAAGCCACACCUCAUCGACGCAGUCAUCUACUUUUUCUACGGAGCUUGUCACAGACAAGAUUUUGAUAGCAAGACGGUCGAAAAUGCUGUUUGCCUGUUGCGCAAUUUGUCUUAUAGGUGAGA